AUCAAACAUUACCCUACAUAUCCUUGAGUGGGGAUUGUUCCACUUCAUGUGCUGAAUACCAGAGCUGGGAUCUAGCUCUGGAGAGUGUGAGUACGGCUAUUUUCAUUAAAUUAGAAUUUUAUUUGGCUGACAUACUGUACCAUUGGUUCCUGUUUCUGUUUCCCUUCCAUAUACUCCUCAUUGGAUUCAAGUAUAUUGCUGUGAAGAUUCCACUCCACUUUGACGUCUCAGGAUCUCCUAUCUUCUUUAUAUAUCCCACCAUUACGGACUUUUUGAUAAGUGGUUUUGGACUAUUAUUUUAUCUAUUAUUUUAUAUUUGCUUAUCUUACCAUAUAUUGUGUAUAUGUUUUAUUAUAUAUUUUAGGCGCACCCUUAUCUUUUCUUUUAUCCUUUUUACCGCUAUGGCAUCUAAAGCCUUCUCCUUAGGAUGCAGACUGGAAGACUUCCUCCUUGCCGAUGAUUGGCCCCAGUAUUCUACAUUUCGGGAGUUUUAUUUUCGUCCAGUUCCUCAUUUCUCCACUACGGUAGUUGCACAGCUUUGAACUAGCAUAAUAUUAGCCUCCAUGUCCUUUAAUAAAAUUACCAGAUUUGACUAAUUUCAUGAUGUAAAGUCAUGAUUUUAUUAAGGACACGGAGGCGAGUAUUAUCCCAACCGACACAGGUAUGUUACACUCUCCCUGCAAUAUAGGUAUAUAAUUUUAUGAGAAGUAUACAGUCGUCAUAAUAAUGUGGUUAUUCACCUAAUUGAACUAUUUCUGUUGAUGCUAAUGUUCAAGAAUUGGAUAUACUGCUUUUAACGGAACCGCUGGCAUCCUGACCGGGUACCUUCCGCUGACGGAUGCUCCAAGUGCUUUCCGAGGACUCCAAGCACUCCACCUGACACCAUAACCACUGCAGACCCCACGGACCACCGCAUCUUGGUUGGGGUCUCGCCGCCCAGGGUCCAGCUUCCAGUAGGUCGACCUCUCUGAAUUCCAGAGAGCAGGAACAGGAACAAGCUCUUAGCAGAGCUUAGUGAUUAUACCCUGGGGAGUAAAGUGAUUAUAGCAAUCCCCAGGGUGUAGUUCUCCAAUCCCCCAAACAUGAGCCAACACUUCCUGAAGGUACAAGAUGAUCUGUUUAAUCAGCACCAAAGGGCUUUCUUUUAUGCAAAUUUUACACACAAGGUACCACCCACAUGGUUUUGUAGAACAGCCAAACAAGUACAAUACAGUGAAACACUCCCAUUCAUUCCAGCAAAAUCCUCCCCUCUGCCUGUGAUAUAAUUACUGAACACAAUAGGUUAACAUAAUUAUCACAGGCAGGAAAAUAUACAGUUUCAUAUGAUAUUCAUAACUCACAAAAUAUACAUACAAUCUCCAUAAAAGUUACAUAUUAUUAAUCAGCAUACUUCAAAUACAAACAUACCCAAAAAUCAGACAAUUUCCUCCAGUGGGUAAAAAGUUAGCUGGAAGUCCUUUAUGAGCAACCGCAAGCAUGCUUUCCUGCCCAAAACAGUUCCAGAGAAUCUGGCUGUGCGGCAGGUCUAUUUCCCAUGUUAAGGUCAGUUCAAACAGACAAACGACAACCAUUCGAAUUGUCAAAUGCAUUAGUUCCAGGGAAGGUAAAACUUCAGCGGUGUUCGUGCCGUUUUGUAUCCAGUUUUAAUUCCAUAAAUUUGACGGCACACACCGCUGACCGCGUUCGACUAAAUAAAGAUGGCCGCCGCCACUUGUUCGAUUGUACGAACGGCGGCCACCCAGCGGUCGGCAAUUAACCUUCAGUAACCCCCCAGCCUGGGAGGUAAAUUAGCCGCACUCUUCCACUUCUGUGUGGUCCGCCUGUACAGUAAUUGGUUCGGUAAGCCCUAAUUACCGAACCAAAUAGGAAAAUGACAUUCACAACGUAUUUUAACAGUCUGGGGACACAGUCUUAAAGGGGCAUUGUCCCAAAAAGUCCCAAUAUGCCCACAUAUAGUUUUUAAAGGGCCAUAAACCCCAGGGCCAUAGUCAUGAGGCUGGCAAUCAGGCUCCUCCAAAAGCCAGGAGCAAAGGGCAGUUGGUCACAUAAAAACCCAGUGAUAAAAGGCAGUUUGUCACACUGCUCUGUUACUAGAUGCACUCGAUUAGGAUUUAAUAUCCAUGGGCAUAUUUUACCACGUAUUUCUUUGUCUUUACAGCCUCCUAACUGGUUUCACAUCAGUCCACAUCGGUCCUUCACACUCUUGAAAGGAUGUGUGCAAAUUUUAUUCCAAGUUCCAUUGUUGGAUAAUCCUGGAGUCGCUGUUCUUCUCAUCUAGUUGGUCAUCUACUUCGGUCUUGUUGGAAUGUUCGUCGGCACCAGUACGAAAGAGGAGUGGCUUAAGGUCACGUGGGACAUUAUAGUGCAAGGAGCAUUCCUAUUGGUUAAUAUGUUGUAUUAUGGUUAACCCUCAAGGGUACAUGUAUUUUUUCUUUAAAUAUUUACAGUAUGAUUUCUUUGCUGCUGAGGAUUUAAAAAAAAAAAAGAGAUAAAGCAUAAUAUAAGCCUCCAUGUCCUUAAUAAAAUCAUGACUUUACGUCAUGAAAUUAGUAAAAUCUGGUAAUUUUUGUCUCUUUGGGAAUUUAAAACUGUCUUUAUUUAGUAGAUACAAUUUAUACCAACCAUGCAUGGCUAAAUCCCUGUAAUGUGCCAAGUGUCCCUAAGGCCCCCAAUCCUGAUAGUUAUAAUUCAGUCAUACAGUUUGACCUACAAAAGGUUGCUGUAUUGGGAUGGGGACUGCCAUUUACAUUCCAUCUUCAGAUAUAUAGAGUGACAGAAUAGAGUCCUGAAAGAGGAAUUUGUUUCUCUGCCGAAUGCACACACGUAUUUAACAAGCACCAUAGUUUCCUGCUGCCAUCCCAUGGUAAGCUGUGAAACAGUUUUACACUUACCUUCUGAUCUGCACUAAUAUGCUAUUGCAAAGUUCACACUUGUAUACUAGCAUACCAUUUUUGGAUAUUAUUCAUUGGCUGCAGGCUGUUAGCUGACACUCCAAUGAAUAAUGUCCAUAGUUGGUACACUAAGACAGAAGUAUGAACUGAAAGCACUGUAAGUGCCCACAGAGCCAUGUAAGUACCAAACAGCUCAUAAACAGUUUCAUAGUUUACCUUGCCUCUAGAGAGUGCUGCAGUGGUUAUUGUGCUUAUAGUGUCCCUUUAAGCAAAGGGGUAAGUUAUUGAGACUUUAUGAACUAAUAAGGUUAGCCCAUUUACACACAUUUGUUGAGAGGCAAUGGGUCAAGUAGCUUGCUUACUACUGUGCAGCCUGUCUCAUUGGCUAGUAUCUUUUUUUUCUAUAAGUACGCCUCAUUGGCUAGUCAUUUAAACCUGUAUAGGUUUCAGAUUCCUAGGUCUAAACAUAACUCUAUCUGAAGGGACAGCAUUAUCUCUGAGAUGUCCUUGUCUGGCUUGUAAUUGUCUACUGAGGAUGCCUCUUUGGGCUGGUGGGAAUCGCCUGUCACUUUGGACUACCAGUUGUCUAGUGAGAAUGUCUCCUAUUAGGCUGUUAACUGUCUCCUGUGGAUAGAUUUCUCGGUGGUUGACUGUCAUUACUAGGUAUUUUCCGCAGUGUUGUUAAGUGUGUCCUAAGGAAAUCUCUUUGGAUAGAUAGCAACAUAUAAAACAGAUUCCUAUUUUAGUUGCAAGCAGUCCUUUCAUGUUUGGCCUCUCUAGGUGGGUACCUAUCUUCCAAGGAUGUCACUCUGCACUACUUGCUGUCUCCAUAGUAUCUCUUUCUGGUAUGGUAGCUGUUUGAUGCUACAGCGCCCUACUGCUGGUAAACUCAUGGGAAUGUCUUUUUCGGCUGCUAGCUGUUUCUUAAGAAAUUUUGGCCAGACAGUACUCACUGUAUUAAGAUGAUUAGCCGUACAGGAUUCACAGGAUGAAGAUGUUUGGCCAUACAGAAGGAAGAUGUUUGGCCAUACAGAACUCAUUGAACUAUGAUCUAUGGCCCAGCAGGAGUCUAAAGAUGGAGAUGCAUAGCUAUAAAUGACUGACAAAAUGGCAAUGUUUAGCCCCAGAUGAUAUGCAGGUAUACAGAACUCAAGGGAAGAAGAUGUUUGAUCACAUAUAACUUAGAAGAUGAAACUGUUUUACAAUUUAAUACUCAGAUAUAGAUAUUUAAUUAUACAUAACAGGAAGAACAUAUUUGGUCAUAUAGGGCUCAUGUGAUAAAGAUGUUUGAUCACCUAGGACUUACAGGAUGUAGAUUUUUGGCUAUACAUGACAUACAGUGCUCAUGGGAUAAAGAUGUUUGGUCAAACAGAAUUCUUAAGCUUGAGAUGCAUGCUGUGACGAACUGAGCCUUGCCACAUGUUCUUGGAGGGGCCUGCUUGUCCGCCUCCUGACAAAAGACUAUGGGCCAGGUCAGCGACUGUAAAGACCCAUAUUUUAUUCCCCCUGGUUCGGCACUUUCCAUAGAAUUGAACGCUAGCUCACUGGCGGCUGCUCAAAUGGACCAAAACCGCGAAUAGACUUCAGGGGGACUUAGCUGCGAAUGCCCUGGACCUAUUUUCGGCAUUAAAAGUUUGCGGUUGAUGGUUGGUCCCACGGCGGCACUUAGCCGCGAUUCUAUGGAACUGUUUUGGGCAUGGGACCAUGCGUACGGUUGGUCAAAACCAUGACUUCCAGGAAAUUCCUGAACCCCUGAACCAAAUCUGGGGAUUUUAGGGGGAUUUUGUGUAUUUUAAGGUACUUUUGGAGAUAAUUGAGUUUAGUAUAGUGCUUGACUCAAUUAUCUUCCAGGCAUAGGUGAGGGAUUGACCUACUUUGUAUGGGAGGGUCCUGGACCUGAGAGCCAAUGUGAUUGUGUAUUUGUUUACUGUGGUGUACGCUCAGGACCGGGGGGCGUGCCCCUUGCAUGGGGACUGUCAUAAAAGGCCAGUUGUGUCUACCAUUAAACAAGAUUAAUUUUAACCUUCAUGAAGUCUAGGCUCAUCUAGGGGAUUGGAGAGCUAUAUUCACACACUGGGGAUUGCUAUAAUCACUAUACUCCCUUGGAUCACAACGAUUGCUCUUAUAAGAGCAGCCUGCUUUGCUCUCUGAACUAGGAGAGGUCUACCCACUGGAAGCUGGAUCCUGGUCUUGGGUCCAGGGUGGGUGAGGGACAGCGAGGUUUACGGUGGUUAUGGUGUUCCAGUGCAGUGCUUAGGGUGCUUGCAAGUAGUAGGAAGCAGCGUUUGACAGAGGUACCCGGUCGGGGUGCCAGGCGGUCCGUCACACAUGCCUAUACAGGACUCACAGAAUGGAGAUGUUUGGUCAUAGAUGAAGCAUAGGAUAAAGAUGUGUGGUCAUACAGGACUAAAGUAUAGAAAAUUAUUGGCCAUUACAGGACUCACAAAAUGAAGAAGUUUGGCCACAUGAGACUCGGAAUGAGAAUUUUUGCCUGUAGCAGAGCUCUAGUCCUAGCUGGUUAUUCCUAUAUAUACACACUCAGGAACAAGCAACACAAUCCAAUGGAACAGCCAAACACAGUAAAAUAAUCUCCCACCUCAUCCACAGCAACUGGACAACACUCAGCUCUGGGGGUAUAUCUGAUUUUUAUUGUCACAUACACAGCUUGUAUGCCAUCUCCCAUGCAAGUGGUUUCACAGGCAGAAAAUGCAAGGGUUUCAAUCCCAGGAUCUUUUGUGCCUAAGAGGUAAUUGCCUGAGUAAACUCCUCCAAUUUAAUUAUCUCCCAAGCACAAAAAAUCCCCAAAAUAUCCCAUACCCCAAAAGUCCCCCAACCAUACAUAGGAACCCCACAAAAACAUUCCCUGUGUAAUGGAGUCUUACCUGAUAGGGAGUCCAGCUCGCAGAGUUAUACGCUCACCCUUGCAAAGUAGACACAGACCAGGGUGACCAGGUAAGACGCCACCUGGCCUGUGAGUCUGUGCACGGGGGCUUUCCAGGAAAAGUGCUCCACGUCUCAGUACAGCAGGGAUAGCAGAAGCGUGGUCAAGGGAAGCCAGAGGUCAGAGUAGUCCAGGAGGAAAGCCAAGGUCAGAAGCCAAAAUUGGACAGGAAUCACUGGAACGCAGGUACGGAGUAACAGGAACCAAACAAUGGAACCAGAGUCAAUGAACUGACCCCCUCCCAGGGUGAGGCAGGCUUUUAUAUCUUGUUAAUUAGGUAUCAGACUCAGCUGGAGAGUUACUGACAGAUCUGAGCCUUUGGUGAAGUCCAGCCCCCAAGUGCUGCAGGCAAUACAAGAAUAAACAUGAGUUAUCCAAAGUCCUGAAAUGGCUCAGAGGAAGAACAGCAGGAUACAGUCCAGAAGAACCACAGUUCAAAUCCCCUAUCAGGCGCUUCUGGAGCAACCACGUCUGGCAGACUGGAUGUCACGGUGUGAACCGUGACACCCUGAUAGCACCGAUCUAAAUGACCAACAAAUCCAAGAACCACUCAGACUGGUUCAGUAGAACGGGAACAGCAUUCUGUGGAAGAUUUGACCGGCCAGACACGAGGUGGUAGCCAAAAUUAGUUCCAGGAGAAUAGGUGCCCUGGACGGUCUCUGAUCGUGAGGUUCCUGAGCAAAAACCAUACAAGGGAAUAUCUUACACUCAUUAUAUGAAUGCUCCCCGUUCGGUACUUUAUAUUUCCCGAAUUCCGUUUGUGUUGGUGGUCGGGAAACAGAAUGGGCAGCGGUCGGCAGUUUACUGGCGUUCACAAGAGUGCCAAGCAGAAAAUAGUCCCAGGCACUCGACAACCAAGUACAGCUGCCCUCGUUCGGGAGACAAGAUGGCCACCACCCUCCCAGCACCAUGUUCAGUUAUACCCAGGAGAGCAUUCAUUAAUUGUUUCCCUUGUGGUUUUGCACUUAAGUGGUUGGUGUUAAUGGGAUACCGGUUGGCCUUGUUCGGGAGACAAAUGCAUUCCGUUCGGAUGAAGUCUCCCGAACGGCCAAAGAAGAACUACACGAAAUAACUGGCAAAACCCAUGAAAUAACAAGGGGGGAGGAUACGGACAGCCAUUAUAGCCAAUAAAAAGUAACUUGUCCAUUCCGCUACAUUGCCCUAUCGUGGUUUCUGUUUAGUAAUAAGUUUAGUGCUUCCUGCAACUGUCUUGUGAUUUCCCAUUAUUGACCUUGGCUUAGUUUUGACAUUCUUAUCUUCUGGUAUCCUGAACUGGCUUGUAUAUUAACCUGUGUAUUUCUGGCAUACUGACCUGGCUUUUAUAUUGACCUGUGUAUUUCUAUUAUCCUUAUCUGGCUUGUAUCCGUAUCUCUGUAUUCUUAACCUCGGCUAUUCUUAACUUUGAUUCUCUCUUGUAAAUCGUUAAAUCUGGCCAAUCUAAGGCCCGGUAAUAUGUAUUUUGGACCCUCAAAUUGUGGGUAUCCUUUUUCCUGUGUGUAAGGGUAACAGUAACCGUGACAGUAAUCUUAUUUUUGUGUACUCCCAAUAAACUUUUUUUGUGCAAAUCAACUUAUUUUAGUACUGAUUUUGAUGAGUGCAGCACUCACUUAAAUGUUUUGUUUGGCCCUACAAAACUCACAUAUUAAAAAUGUUUGGUCAUGCAGAACUCACAGAAUAAAGAUGUUUCGCCAUAUGGCAAUCUUGGAAUAGAGAUGCUUCACGAAACAGGAAUCACAGAAUAAAGAUUCUCAUGGGACUCAUAAUAUUAAGAACAAACAAACUUGGACAUUCAGAACGGGAUGAAGAUGUUUGGCCAUACAGGACUCACAGUAUGAAGAUGUUUGGCUAUACAGGACUGACAGAAUGAGAUAUUCAACCAUACAGGACUCACAAAAUGAAGAGACUUGACCAUACACUGCUCAUGGGAUUAAGAUGUUUGGUCAAACAGGAUUUUUCAGACAGAAAUGCAUGCCUAUACAGGACUCACAGAAUGGAGAUGUUUGGACAUAGAUUUAACAAAGGAUAAAGAUAUAUGGUCAUUUAGAGACACCACUCAAGGAAAGAUGAUGAUUAGCCAUUACAUGACUCACAAGGUGAAGAUAUUUUGCCAUAUGGGACUCAGAGUGAGGAUGUUUGCCAAACGCAAGUCUCAAGAUGGAGAUGUUUGGCUAUGCUCGACUCAAAGGAAAAAAACGGGCAAGAUUGUCUCACAUUGGCGAGAACAAAGCCCCCUGGAUAUUUGGCAGUAUCCUAACUGAGUAAGUGGUAGAUGGCUACAGUAGAAGCAACUGUAACAAAACAAAAAAAAAGUAACAAAGAUGGCUAAUAAAUUAUGUACAAUAAAAUCCUUUUGUCAAAGUUUGUUUAUUUUUGUGCCCCCUGCUUUUUUUUUUCCCCUGCGAAGGUGCACAUACUUUUGCGGGUUGUUUUGUUUGUUUUAUUUUAUCUUCUUUUGUGCAUGUCAUCUCACUUUUUGCAUGGAACGUUUGGCAAUACCCAAACACUUCUAGUGACAUGAUGGCUUGAUGAUUACUUUUCUAACUAUCUAAUUAUUUUCCUUUACCUUUCUAGUUAGAUUCUAAGGGAGAGAGGCUUGUUCUAUCCUUUUUUCUUCCCAAAGGUGGUCCUCUGUGGAUUUGUAUAUCAAGAGGACUCAUUUGGACUUGGUAAUAUUAGUUGUAUAUCUACAUACUUGUGAGCCUGCGGGCACAAUUUUGGUUAUAUUGGUUCCUAAUAUAUUUUAUUUAGAGGAUACAGACAUAUAAUCACUGGUAUCCCAUGCUAUUUGAGAUAUUACAAUUCCUCAAGUACCAGGGGUAUAACCCCCUAUAGACAGAAUCUCACUACUUAGCAUUUACUCUUUGAUUUAACAAUGCUCAUAUCGGCCAACCUUAUAAUAAAGCCAGUUCUGUGCAUAUAUAUAUAUAUUAUUUUUUGCACAGUAGUGGGAGGUAAAGGAAUGUGAUAAGGCUAGGAUGUUAUUGCACAUCAUUUAUUAGCCAUCUUUGCUACUUUGUUUAGUUUUGUUACAGUUGCGUCUGCUGUAGCCAUCUACCACUUACUCUGCUAGGAUACUGCCAAAUAUCCAGGGGGCUUCGUUCUCACCACUGUUCUCCUAGCAUACAAUAAGGGUUAAGCCCUGAGACACCCUUGGAGUGUCUCACUAGUGUAUUGUGAUAGAGGACAUACAUAUAGUUACAUGCACUCACGUGCAUGUGUACUGGUGUGUUCCCAGCCACAGAAUCUUUUCUGUUGUUUUGGACUCAAAGGAAGAAGACAGUUUGUUACUACAGAAUUCACAGGAAUAUAAUGUUUUGCCAAUGAGAGGCAGAUGUUUGGCCAUGCAAGACUCGCAUAAUAAAGAUGUUUGACCAUACAGAACUCACAAUAUGAAGAUGUUUGGCCAUGGAGAACUCACAGAAUAAAGAUGUUUGGCCAUGGAGAACUCACAGAAUAAAGAUGUUUGUCCAUACAGGACUUUUAGGAUAAAGAUGUAUGGCCAUAUGGUACUCUCAGAAUUCUGUUUGGCCAGACAGGGCUCUCAAGGUAGUGAUGCUUGGCUAUACAGGACUCAUUGUAUGACUAUUCACAUAGAACUCACAAGAAAGAAUAAACAAACUUGGGCAUACAAAACUCACAAGAUGAAGAUGUUUGGUGGCACAUGACUCACAGUAUGAUGAUGUUUGGUCAUACAAGACUCUCAAGAAAGAGAUAAUUGGUAAUACAGGACUCACCUGAUGGAGACAUCUGGUCAUACAGGACUUACAAGAUGAUGUUUGGUCAUACAGAACUUACAGGGUGGAGAUGUUCGGUGAUACAUUACUCACAAGGAGGAUAUGUCUGGUCAUACAGGACUCACAUGUUGAAGAUGUUUGGUCAUACAAGACUCACAGGAUGGAGAUGUUUGGUCAUACAAACUCACAGUAUGAUGAUGUUUGGUCAUACAAGGCUCACAAGGAGGAUAUGUCUGGUCAUACAGGACUCACCUGAUGGAGAUGUCUUGUCAUACAGGACUAACAGGAUCAUGUUUGGUCAUACAGAACUAACAGUAUACUCACAGGUGAUACAUUACUCACAAGGAGGAAAUGUCUAGUCAUACAGGACUCACAGGUUGAAGAUGUUUGGUCAUACAAGACUCACAGGAUGGAGAUGUUUGGUCAUACAAACUCACAGUAUGAUGAUGUUUGGUCAUACAAGACUCACAAGGAGGAUAUGUCUGGUCAUACAGGACUCACCUGAUGGAAAUGUAUUGUCAUACAGGACUAACAGGAUCAUGUUUGGUCAUACAGAACUAACAGUAUACACAGGUGAUACAUUACUCACAAGGAGGAACUGGCUGGUCAUACAGGACUCACAGGUUUAAGAUGUUUUGUCAUACAAGACUCACAGGAUGGAGAUAUUCUGUCAUACUGGGCUCACUAGAAGGUAAUAUUGGGUCAUUCAACACUCACUGAAUGUAGAUGUUUGUUCAUACAAGACUCACGGGAUAGAGAUGUUUGGCCAUUACAGGACUCACUGGAUGGAGAUAUUUGGCCAUUACAGGACUCCCUGGGUGGAUAUGGUUAGCCGUUACAGGACUCCCUGGGUGGAUAUGGUUGGCCAUUACAGGACUCACUGGGUGGAUAUGGUUGGCCAUUACAGGACUCACUGGAUGGAUAUGGUUGGCCAUUACAGGUUUUAUGGGAGGAAGAUGCUUGGUCCCCAUGCAGGAACAGAAGCUUGAUGCUCUACUCCCACCCUCUUCCAAUAUGUGUAAUAUUCCUCUUAGAUAAUGGGAGGGGGGGGGGGCCUCACUCUCUGCCCAUUGCUCAUGUGACGAAGCCUGAUCCCCUAUCUUCAAUACAGGAGUUACAGACAAGGUAACCCCCAGCCUCCAUGCUGUCUAUGAGGACAGGUGCAUUGAUAAAGGCCGGCGCUAGGACCAUGCAGACUGCAAGCCUUUCCUUAUCUCUCCUCCUUGCCUCCCCGCUCCUCGGUCCUUCCAGCCCCCCUCGCCCCCUCCUGCUGCCCCCCACUCCCUGCCGGUCCCUAGCCCCCCUUCCUCGGUGCAGGGUGCAGCCCGUCCCCGCCGAUCAGCCCCCAGGUGCAGCACAGACACAGCCUAGGAGCCGGGGAGGGGGUGGUGGGAGGGGAGGGAUGGGGACUCUGUCGUUACCUGAAAAAUGGCUUCUGUUCCAACAGCCACAUCGUGAUGGCCAGGAAUAACAUGGAGAGAUGCAGGCAGAGAGCGGGGGGAGCAACUCUCAGCCCCGGUGCCAGGACACCCCUGUGAGCCACCCAGGACCUCCAGCAGCCAUGGACAGAGAGUGAGUGCAACAUUGUAACUGAAUGGUAUUCUUUAACCCCCAAUGGGUUAUCAUUCAUUAUUAUCAGAUCCCCACCCCCAAUGGGUUAUCAUUCAUUAAUAUUAUCAGACCCCCACCCACAUGGGUUACCAUUCAUUAUUUUUAUCAGACCCCCACCCUCAAUGAGUUAUCAUUCAUUAUUAUCAGAACUCACCCCAAUGGAUUAUCAUUCAUUAUUGUUAUCAGACCCCCACCCCCAAUUGGUGAUCAUUCAUUAAUAUUAUCAGACCCCCACCCACAUGGGUUACCAUUCAUUAUUAUUAUCAGCCCCCCCCCCUUACAGGUACCAUUCAUUAUUAUCAAACCCCCACCACCAAUAGGUUAUCAUUCAUUAUUAUUAUCAGACCCCCACCUCCAGUAGGUUAUCAUUAAUCUUUAUCACCAGACCCCCACCCCCAAUGGGUUAUCAUUCAUUAUUAUUAUCAGACCUCCACCCCAACGGGUUAGCAUUAAUUAUUAUCAGACCCCUACCGCCAAUGGGUUAUUCAUUAUUAUAAUUUUUAUCAGACCCCCACCCCUCAAUGGCUUAUUAUUCAUUAUUAUUAUCAGUCCCCAAUUCCCAAUGGGUUAUUAUUCAAUAUUAUUAUUAUCAAACCCUCAAUGGGUUAUCGUUUAUUAUUAUCAGACCCCCGCGCCCGAUUCAUUAUCAUUCAUUGUUAUUAGAUUCCCACCCCCAAUGGGUUAUCAUUUGUUAUUAUUAUUAGACUUCAAUGCGUUAUCAUUCAAUAUUAUUAUUAUCAGACACCCAAUGGGUUAUCAUUUAUUAUUAUUGUUAUCAGACACCCAACGGAUUAUCAUUCAUUAUUAUUAUCAGACCCUCACCCACAUGGGUUAUCAUUUAAUAUUAUUAUUAGACCUCCAAUGGGUUAUUAUUUAGACCCCUACUCACAUGGGUUAUCAUUUAUUAAUAUUAUCAGACCCCAAUGGGUUAUCAAUCAUUAUUAUUAUCAGACCCCCAACGCCAAUGGAUUAUCAUUCAUUAUUAACAGACCCCCACCCCUAAUGGGUUGUCAUUCAUUAUUAUCAGUCCCCGACCCCAGUGGGUUAUCAUUCAUUAUUAUUAUCAGCCCCCCACCCCAAUGGGUUAUCAAUCAUUAUUAUUAUCUGGCCCCCACCCCCAAUGGGUUAUCAUUCAUUAUUAUUAGACCCCCAACCCCAAUGUGCUAUUAUUUAUUAUUAUUAUUAUUAGACCCCCCCAAUGGGUUAUCAUUCAUUAUUACUAAUAUUAUUAUUAUCAGACCCUCCAAUGGGUUAUAUCAUUCAUUAUUAUUAGACACCAACCCUAAUGUGCUAUUAUUUAUUAUUAUUAGAACCCCAAUGGGUUAUCAUGCAUUAUUAUUAUUAUUAUCACCCCCCCAAUAGGUUAUCAUUCCAUAUUAAAUAUUAUCAGACCCUUCUUAUAGUUUAUCAUUCGAUAUUAUUAUUUUCAGACCCUCCUAAUUGGUUAUCAUUCAAUAUUAUAAUUAUUAUCAUACCCUCCCAAAAGGUUAUUAUUCAUUAUUAUUAUUAUUAUUAUUAUUAUCAUCCGACCCCCAAUGGAUUUACUAUUAUUAUGAUCAGACAUGCUAAUUGGUUAUUAUUCAUUAUUACUAUUAUUAUUAUUAUCAGAGGCCCAAUGGGUUAUCAUUCAUUGUUAUUAUCAUUAUUCUCAUCAUCAGACCCCCAUCCCCAAUGGAUUAUCAUUAUUAUUAUAAUCAGACCCCCAAUGGGUUAUCAUUUAUUAUUAUUAUUAUUAUUAUUAUUAUUAUUAUUAUCAGACACCCAACGGAUUAUCAUUCAUUAUUUUUAUUAUCAGACCCCCAAUGGGUUAUUAUUAAUUAUUAUCAGACCCCCAAUGGGCUAUCAUUCAUUAUUAUUAUCAGACCCCCAAUGGGUUAUCAUUUAUUAUUAUUAUUAUUAUCAGACCCCCAAUGGGUUAUCAUUUAUUAUUAUUAGUAUUAUUAUUAUUAUCAGACCCCCAAUGGGUUAUCAUUCAUUAUUAUUAUUAUCGUUAUUAUUAUCAGACCCCCAAUGGGUUGUCAUUCAUUAUUAUUAUCAGACCCCCAAUGGGUUAUCAUUUAUUAUUAUUAUUAUUAUCAGACCCCCGAUGGAUUAUCAUUAAUAAUAAUAAUAAUAAUAAUAAUAAUUAUUAUUAUUAUUAUUAUCAGAUUCCCAGUGGGUUAUUAUUCAUUAUUAUUAUCAGACCCCCAAUGGGUUAUCAUUCAUUAUUAUUAUUAUCAUACCCUGAAUGGGUUAUUGUCAUUAAUGGAGAUUCCCCCCACAACAUGUGCCAUGACCUUUUCUUAUCAUUAGUAUAGAGAGGCCCCUACUCCUGCAGGGCUUAUUAUCAUUAAUACACCCCCUGUGGCCCUGGCCUUCACAGACUUGCAGAAUAGUAUGCAUUCCUCCUGUGCCAUAUUAAGUUAACUGGCACUAAAAGGGUUAGUUGGUGCUGGAGCUCCCCCCCAUUUCGUUACCCGUUCCCUUCUCUGUCCACUCCCCUAUCAUUUUGCAUGACUGUCCCUUUUCAUUCACCCUUCAUUCUGCGCACUAUCCCUGACAUUUAUAUUUUUCUCAAUACCCCUUCCAAGGAUGGUCUGUCUCCAUAUAAAGUGUAUGUGCAGCCUAUUAACUCACAGCCCUGUCCAGCCCUCUGGUACUGUGCUAGAUAUUGCAGCGUUGAUGGGGUGGUGGUGAAUGGUGGGGGAAUUUCUGUUUACUUUGUAGCUCCUGGUUAUGGAGAGGAAGGGGCAGAGAUUUGUGAAUGAACCCUAUUUGCAUCUGUAUUCAUUCAUAAAAAGGGGCUGUGAUCACUUUCAGGGACCAUCAUUGCUUCCUCCUCCUGGCUUCAUGUCUUAUCUCUGCAGAUGCUUGGUAGGCAAUGCUCUUGGGGAGGUAGGGGCCCUUGUGGCCCACAGUCAAGGCCAAUCUCAAUCCUGUUCUUUGCAACCCCCAGAGCUGUGUUUAAUGACGCCUGUCACACUGUCACCUGUUGUUUAAUAACGAGAGGGACAAAAGAAGAUGUAGUCAUGUGACCAGCCAUUCACAAAAAGCUGCCUUCAUUGAGAGAUCCUUCCCAAACAUGGAGAGCAGUCUUGCAGCCCUAAAUCAUGCUCUGAGCAGCCAUGCAGCCAUGUGCACGCACGGGGCAACAACCUCCCAUCUAUCCCCCCUCCAUGCAGAGGAAGGCCUCUGAUCACACCGUUAGCUGGAGCAAUCAUGGCUGUUAUACAAGCCAUUAAUGUUAUUAUAGAUUUCCUCCCAUAAAACGUUUCCCUGCUGCUGCUGCUGGCUACAUAAUGCAGCGUUACAGUAGUCAGCCUAUUAACUCUUCGUGUACAGCAAGUGCUGUGCUCUCUUUUAACCAACAGCUGGAUUCCCACCCUUCGUAAACGAGGCCAGCCGUACCCCCUAAUAACAUUUACAUUUAUUUAUUGUUAAUCUGAAUUUAUUUUUGUUUAUUAAAUGUUAGAUUAAAAAAUCUGCAGCGAUCAUGAUUUUGAAAAUGUGUCAGCAAAAGCUUUGUGAUGUCACAUUCAUGUUGCACCCAUGGCUCAGCGAGAUUUAAUCUUCCAAUUUAUUUAUUUUUUGUAAUUUCAGUGGUUUAUUUGUUUUUUUUUUCAAUACAGGAAUAAUAAUAAAGGUCAACUCACCAUAAAAGCUCCAUAUUAUUGUAUUGGAUGCUACAAGUGUUUGGUUUAAGACGAAUUUUGAUUUGUGUCUGUUCCAGUUGAAAUACAUUUCUACGCAAAAAAGAAUCGACUGCCAGUUUCUAGCAAAUUUGAAUAUGAAUUGCAAACUUGAGGCUAAAAUAGCCAAUAUGUGAAUUUUUGCUGAUCAGCUAUCUUUGCCUAAAUUUUAUCAUUCAGCUUUCAAUUUGCCACUUUUUGGUUUUUAGUAAAUUAAAGCCAUAACCUCAUUUCGCUUUGUUCUAAACAAAUAGACUAAAAUGUGUAAUGUGAACAAUUCCAUGGCAUGAUAUAUAAUUAUGAUAUAUAAUGCAAUUUUAAACGCUGUAUGAAUGUAUUUUAUAUCAUGUACCAUAUGUGUUGUUUGCCAGAACGUGCUGUCAGAUCAGCUACAUUAGAUAUAAACCCAGCGCUGUCUGAGCCUGUCCUGAUAACGUACAGUCAGAUCAGCUAUAGUAGAUGUAAACCCAGUGUUGUCUGAACCUGUCAUGAUAACGUGCAGUCAGAUCCCUACAUUAAAAAUAAACCCAGCGCUGUCUGAGCCUGUCCUGAUAACUUGCAGUCAGAUGCCUACAUUAAAAAUAAACCCAGCGCUGUCUGAACCUGUCCUGAUAAAGCAGGUCAGAUCUGCUUCAAUAAAUAUGAAACAAGCUCUAUAACUGCUAGACAAUUGAAGGUGCGCUCUACAAAUGGAAGGCACAACUUUUCAGGUGUGAAGCAAUGUUAAAACAAUGUUAAUCACUAUUACAAAUUAUUUCUUCAUAAGAAGAAAACAAAACCGAAUAAAACGAUAUUGUAAAUAUAAAACACUCAAAUAUGUGCAUGUAACAAUAUCUGGACCGGAAAAACAGCUAUAUGCGAAGUAGAUUCAGGUGAAAUAGGUGUGUUGGCCCUUACAGACAGUAGAGCCCAAUCUCGGCUAUAUAUCCAGUAUUCAAUAAUCACUUUGCCUCUUCUGAGAGUAAGUGCAGGGGGCUAGAUUCUGUUUUAAAUACUAUAGGUUCAGGAAUACAUGUUUGUGUUCCUGACCCUAUAGUGUUUCUUUAAGAAUUUGUUCCUCUGGUUAAGAAUGCUGUUACUGUUCAUUAUGUGUUAAAACCAUCAUCUAGCCCCCCCCCGACUCCCUCUUGCCUCCCUAAAUAUAGUAAAAUCUUACUUGUAUUCAAGUCUGGAGCUGGUGCCUCUGCCUCUAAACUGCAUCUGACUUCUGACAUCAUCAGAAGUGGUGUUCUGAGCCAAUCACAAUGCUUCCCCAUAGGACUGGCUGAGACUGUGAAGACUGUGAAGGAGGCAGAUCUGGGGCAGAGCAAGCGCAAGUCAAACACAGCCCUGGCCAAUUAGAUUCUCCUCAUAGAGAUGAUUUGAAUCAAUGAUCUCUAUGAGGAAAGUUCAGUGUCUGCAUGCUGAGGGUGGAGACACUGAAUGUUGUAAUGCAUACUAGGCAGCACUCACCCAGGAGGCCCCUCUAGUAGCCAUCUGAGGUGUGGCCAGUGACGUUAUCACUAGGCUGUAAUGUAAACACUGCAUUUUCUCUGAAAAGACAGUGUUUACAGCAAAAAGCCUGACGGUAAUGAUUCUACUCCCCAGAACAAAUUCAAUAAGCUGUAGUUGUUCUGGUGACUAUAGUGUCCCUUUAAAUAAUAUAUUGCUUGUGAUUUUGUACGUUUGGUCAAGUAUGUAUAUAUUACACUUAUAUACAUGUAAGAAAAUUUGUCAUCUGAUAUUCUUAAAUUAGCAUUAUGAUAUUUAAAUGUUUUUACUGGUUUUUAGUCAGUGAAUGUUAACAUGUGGUAUUCACUUGAAAGAUUGUGCCUCAAUCUUGGUUUGUUUGUUUUAGGCAAUCCUAUUGGUUAGAAUAAUGAAGAGUCACAAACAUAUAUACACUUAGUUGCUAGUAUUAAUAUGAGGGAGUAUUUUUAAACUGGUGUCACAUAUAUGGCAGUUAUAUUGGCGUUUUAAAGGUUAAUUUAGUAAGCACCCAUUUCUUUCAUUAAUGGUGGCGUUUUCAUUUGUGAAUGGACUUAAAUUGGAGACGGAGGAGGAGUAGGCAUCAAUAAGAGGAAGCACCGUACACAUGAAACACAUUACUUGGAAGGAGUUUGACCGGGUAACGGUGACGAGCUAUUGAUGCAUUGCCUGUUCUGCCUGAAUAUCGCACUCGUUUAUACUCAUUUCUAAUUGUUUAUCUCAAUAAAGUGAAUUUUCCUACCUGGCGUGUUAUUAUCUCCUCUGGUAUCCCUACUCACAGAGGAGGAAAGAAGAGGCAAAGUGAUCAUUGAAUGUUGCAUACAGAGCUGAAAUUGGGAUCUUUUUCCUUUGCCAUUGUUUUGAGUGUUUUAUAUUUUGCAUUAUUAAUAUUUUCUUCUUUUUUCUUUUUUUUCUCUUUACAUGGAUAAACAAAUCACACUUCUUAUGAAGAAAUAGUUUGUGGUAUUUAUAAGUAUUAAUGCACGUUUGUUUUAACACUUGCCUUACAGCCUAACACUUGAAGGGUUGUGUCAGUUGUUUGACAUUUGGAACGUUGUGCCUUGCUUAUACCUUUGUCCAGCGCACCUUCAAUUGCCUGGUAGUUUUAGUUCAGAUUUGUUUAAAUUAGGAUUGUGAGAAAACCACUUUAGAGUUUUUUUGUGCAGCUCUAAAUUAGAUUUAUUAAUGUAAGUAGUGUCUUUAUUCAUCAUAGUCAUACUCCUUUUUGAAUUUGUGAUAAACCCAGCGCUGUCUGUGCCUGUCCUGAUAACGUGCGGUCAUAUCCCCCUACAUUAGAUUUAAACCCUGCGCUUUCUGAUAACAUCAUUACAUUAAAUAUAAAACCAGCACUGUCUGAGCCUAUCCUGAUAACUUACAGUCGGAUCUCCUACAUUAGAUACAAACCCAGCUCUGUCUGAACCUGUCCUGAUAACGUGUGGUCAUAUCCCCCUACAUUAGAUAUAAACCCAGUGCUGUCUAAGCCUGUCCUGCUAACGUGCAUUUAGAGCCCCUACAUAAGAUAUAAACCCAGCACUGUCUGAGCCUGUCCUGAUAAUCUGCGUUCAGAUGCUCUACAUUCGAUACAAACCCAGCUGUACCUGAGCCUGUCCUGAUAACUUGCGUUCAGAUCCUCUACAUUAGAUACAAACAUAGCUCUACCUGAGCCUGUCCUGAUAACGUUCAGUCAGAUCCCCUACAUUAGAUAUAAACCCAGCGCUGUCUGAGCCUGUCCUGAUAAUGUGCUGUCAGAUCCUCUACAUUAGAUACAAACCCAGAACUGACUGGGCCUGUCCUGAUAACAUGCAAUCGGAUCCCCUACAUUUGAUAUAAGCUUAGCACUGUCUGAGCCUGUCCUGAUAAUUUGCGUUGAGAUCCCCUACAUUAGAUACAAACCUAGCACUGUCUGAGCCUGUCCUGAUAACAUGCAGUUAGAUCCCCUACAUUAGAUACGAACUCAGUUUUAAAUCUUACAAGGCCACUUAAAAUCACAAAUCUUAGCAAACAAAUAUGGGGAUUACAUUACACGUAUCUCCUGCUUUGUCUAUACGUGUCCUCAUCUUUUUCUUCCCUGUCAUCUGUUUUUGUAGUUAUAUUGUGAGAGUCCGAGCUGUGGUGAUGUCCAGAGAUGAUUCUAGUGGGGGCUGGGUACCCAUGGGAGGAGGGGGUCUGAGUCAUGUGAUGAUCUGCAAGGUCCGUCGCCCGGACGCAUCCCACCAGCGAGAUUAUGUUAUCCGUGGGGAGCGACUAAGAGACCAGACUGUAAGUAUUGGGAAUUUAAUUUAUAAUUUAUGUUGAACUGUUCAUAUUAGUUUUCGGGUGCUUUUUGUUGAUAUAUAAAAUAUCUACAAUUAUAGCAUCCCAUUUGUAUGGCGCUGUGGGGUUUGUUGGCAUUUUAUAAAUAGUAGUAAUAAUAAUAGUAGAGAGGCAUGCCCUUCAAUUUGCUCAAAUGUAUUGGGAUUCAUCACUACAAUGGGAAUUGCACAUUUUAAACCAAAGUAUAGAAGAAUGAAAAGCAGUUCAGUUGGAGAAAUUGUGUUGUGUUGGCUUCACCAGAAAUGUGAAAUUAUUUUAUGAACUCUCCAUGAUUCCCAAUUUAGUCAGUGCUAGAAAAGAGAGAGGCUUCUGUACAAAACAUCACCUGGAGCAAACUGUGCAAAAUGGAGCAACCAAUCAAAAUAUUCCAUUGGUUUCCAUGGUAAGUGCUCCAUUUUGAGAACGUUGUCCCAGGAUGGCUUGUUAUAGAGAGCCUACAGGGUUUGUUGCUUGGGAAGACUUUGCUUCACAAUUUUGCUACAAGAUCCACACGGAACAUUUUGUUAAUCCCACAGAUUAUUUUGGAAUGCGUCUUGAAGAAAGGUCUGGUGUACAACAAGGCUAACCCCAUCUUCCACCACUGGAAGGUAGAUGAGAGCAAGUUCGGGCUGACCUUCCAGAGUCCUGCUGAUGCUGUGACGUUUGAGAGGAGCGUGCAGUCAGCCAUGCAGGAGCUGGCAGAAGGUUUGCGAAUGCUAUGGUCAUUAGUACUCGACAGCAAUCUGUGUACCAUGUCCACUCACUGGCAGCCCUACUACAUCCUUAAUGCAUGGGCAUUAUGGUGGAAACAUCUAUCUGUCUAGCUGUUUGUCUGUCUGCCAUAAACCAACCUUAAAUUUUUUUAAAGUCAAAUGUCUCCUGAGUGAUUCCCUGUACUGCCCGUCCAUUACUCCUAUUCUUUUUUUCAGGCUCUCUUUCUCAUUCUUCAUCCUCCCCCUCCUCAUCCCUCACACCUGAAGAAGGAGACAUUCCCGAAGAUGCUGUGCCAGUAAGUGUCUGCCCACGAGGCAAUAAUCAACUGUCUGUUUUGUUGCUUUCCCACCAGUCUUCCAUCCAACUGUUCACAAAAUUAUACUUUGAACCCAUUUACUGGGAGAUCUCCAGUAAAUCUCUUCUAGUGACAUCAGUUUAAAUGCUUGACGUUGUGUAAUUCAAUGUUUAGUACUGUUUGGUCCUUCUACAUAUCUACUUUCUGCCUCAUUGUUUGCUUAUGUGUCAGCUGCCCACAGACAGUGAGUCAUCUUCAAACAGCAGGAAGGAGAUGUUACCAAAACAUAUCACCAUUGUGACCAGUGAGUCUUCGUCCAGCUGCUAUGUCCGAUCUCCAGCUUCGGAAGAGUUUGGGUUUAGUAGUGGUCCAUCGGUCAGCCCUAGCACACAGGUAGGUGCCACCCUACUUCCUCUAGUGGAAGGUGCCCGCAACGUAUAUCCAACCAGUGAUAAAUACCAGGAAAAGCUACAGAAACAGGGAGCUAAUGCUCUGGGUGCAUCGUGGCAAAUCCUUCUACAGUGCCUUAUGCACGUAUGUACUUCCACACUGAAGGUAGAGUCAACUAUUUUACAUAAUAUUCUUGGACGAUGCCUUUAAAGCUGCACGAGCAAUCACUAACGUUUAGCUUGCCCUCAAGUUAUAGAAAAAAAAAACCCUACAUGUGUCCAUCCUGCUUUAAACUUACCAUCAAAGGGCUUGUUUCCUGAGUGGCUGUUAAAAAUUAGCAGUGGAAUGUUAUUAUUGAUAAUAGCAGGUAGAUAUUUGUGGCCAGAAUGUACAGAAUAGUUUCCAAGCUGCAGCCUCCUACAACUAACUUCUUAUCUCAAUGACUCAGUGACGCCAACCUAAACAGUAGAACAAACACUUUCUAAUUGAUUGUUAUAGCAGCCACACCCAGAAGCAUUAGAAUGUGCACCCUGCGCAUGCACACUUCACCUGGGCAUGCUGGACAUGGGAUUGUUCAUGCGUAGUUGAUAUAAAUUCCUUUAUUCUGUGACUUCAGUAUCUCUGCCCCUUGUGGGAACCUAUCCGUUUAAUGGUGAUUUCAAUGUGUAUGUUCUGUUAUUCAUGCAAAGUUAUUCACUAGAGUGAGUAUUUCUGUGAAUUAAAAGUGACUUAUGCUCGGCUCGUUUGGUCAAGGUUUAUAAAUUCUGAAUUCUUAGCGUGUGUGUGUGUCUGUCUAGACAUAGUAUUAAUAGCAGGGCUAUGGUAUUUGGUCAGACGUGAAUAUGGAAUAAAUAUAUGUUUUUCCAAUAGGAUGUACAGUUUGUAUUUUCUCUUUACAAGACAAGCUUUCAUUUUGGUGAGAUAGCUGCAGUUUGUAAAAUUUACUGGGUUAUUUAAUAAAGAGAGAUUUGCUGGGAGAUCAGCAUAAAUUCAAAGUUCAAAAUAGGUGAAAUGGAAAAAGAAUUGACUCAGGAAGAUUUUUCAAAUUCGGCUAUUUUGGCCUAAGCUUUGAAAUUCACUUUGAAUUCCCUGCAAUUCUCACUUUUAUAAAUAACCAUGAUAAUGUCUAUUGGCGAAAUAACUAAUGUUUCCGAUUGACCUCUAUGGGAGUCUAGCAGUCAGAAUUGGCAGUCACCAAUAAAGAUUGCUGGGCAGUAAUGUUAGCAACGGAUAUUUUGGACAUUCACGUUUUCAUGAGAAAAUACAAUUUGUAUAACUAAGUAAAGAAAAAUAAAAGGCAAAUCAAACGUCCAGUCCUACUGUUUUGUUAGUAAUGAGCGACAGACAUUUUGAUGAUUAGAGGCUCGUCAGUAAAACUUAAUGGCAACAUUGGAAAUAAGUCCAAAGUGUAUAUACAAAGCCAGUGAGAACAGGAUGUAAAGGAUGGAAGUUGAAACACAAGGUACUGGAGGGAGCUUUGACGUUGAUAGUUGGAGGAUCUAAAGGAAAUUCUGGGGAAGCUUGUGGGCCGUGCACCAUUAUAGAGUUAAUGCAGUGGUUAGGAGAUUAUUGCAGAAUCAUGCUCUAUAGAGAGAAGUGGAAAGGGGUGGUUAACAUGUUCAAGGUUCUGUAAAUCCCGUCUAUGUUGUAUUGAUUUGUGGUUAUAGAUACAUCCCUGAAGCUUAUAUCAUUCCUCUCUGUGUUACUCGCAUGCAUUUCUAUUUUUAUUUUUCUAGUCACAGCCUUUGCAGCGCCUGUCCUUCCAUGACGAGGAGGAGCUGGAGAGCAUCAACCCUUGUAAAGACCUUUGGGUGUCAAAGGGAUAUGAAGACUACCGUCGCGCUGCCUUGCAGAGGCCAGAGCAGCCCAAAUCUGACCUUCGUGUUCACUUCCAAAAAGCCAGUGGAAGUAAAACCAAGGAUAGACACUUUCCAGGUGCAACUGCAGCAACAGAAAGUGAGGGACCCCUGAAAGACCCAAGAGGCUCUCCUUCCUGCAGGAUUCAUGGCACGCCUUCCCCUAAGUCUAAGGAACAUGCUCACAUGGUGGGGGAGGAGGACACAGCCACGGCUCGAUGCGUUUACUGCAGGGACGUGUUUAGCAGUGAGGAGAAUGGAAGAGGGCAGUGCCAGGAUGCUCCUGACCCUAUCAGUCGCUGUGUUUACCAGCUUUCUUGCAUGUGGUGCGCUGAGAGCCUAUUGUACCACUGCAUGUCAGACUCGGAAGGUGAAUAUUCGGACCCAUGCUCCUGCGACCCUGGUCAUCCCCAUUUCUGUGUACGUUGGGCCGCCCUAGUAGCCUUGUCCCUUGUGGUUCCCUGCAUGUGCUGUUACCUCCCGCUGCAGGCUUGCCACUGGUGUGGAGAACAUUGCGGCUGUUGUGGAGGCAAACAUAAAGCGGUGCGGUGAGAGGAGGAGAGCAGGGAGGGAUAUGACAUGAUCAUCCAUAGGCCUCCCAAAUUUCACCACCUCUUAACAGAGUGGCAGAAUAUGCCUCCAUCUCUGCAAGCGCAUAGGUGGUGAGACUGCUUUCGGAAAUAUCUGUGUUUGGGGAGGAUGCUGUUUGCAUAGUCAUCGACCUACCAAAAAAAAAAGGGAACUGGAAACCAAUUAGAGGGGCAUAUUUGGCAAUGUCCUGUCCUUACAUACCUACAGCCAAACCGAGCUAAGCACAGAGAUAAAAGCAGCCAAUAACUGCUAGCCGCAGGUUGGCGCAGACAGUCUUCUUGUCUGCGGUGAGUGAAUCUACCCUUGGUUCACUGAUAUCAACUUUCGUGACAUAUAAAAUGGAACAAAAUAUUAGGUUGACGGUUUUUGGCUUUCAUUUGUUUUGUUGUUUUAUUUGUACAACAAUGGAGAUGUUAUUUAUUUAUUUUAUUUUCAAAUUUCAAUAAUUGUUUUUGUGGAAUUACUAUUUUAAAUAAUGCACUAAUUGGAUAAAUUAUUUUCUGAUGAAUUAGUAAUUUUACCAAGAAAAUUAUAUACUUGAUCAAAACAACCGUUUUUCUAGCCCAAACUGUCUGCAUAAAAUCAUUACCAUGGUGACAGUAAAGGCUUGUAAUGUGUAAGUCCCAUAUUCUAAGGCAGAGCUGGGGCACAGGCAUUGCCAGCCUUUUACAAGAAGUGAGGGAUGUCUCUACCUAAAGCAAGACUCUUGAGUGCAUAGAUACCUGUGAGGCACCCACUUGUUUAGAUUCCUUUCAUGCAGUCUCUGUAGGAGCAUGCCUGCCUUUGUUAGAAGUGUUUGACAUCGCCAGCAGUUGUUCAGCUGGUUUCACACUGGGUUGCUCUCCAUUUUGCUGUGGGUCUAAAUUCAGGCUGUGACAUUAGCAAAUAUUAGCAAGAGGAGCUAAGGCACAAAUGAUGAGAACGCUAAUAUGAGAAGAUAAAAAACAUAGUAACUCAAUCUUCAAUUAGGCUUUGCUCAUGUCUCAUAAGAGUUUAGUUGUGAUAUUAUAGAAGGAAAUUAUAGCAUUCACAUAUCAGACUUAUCACAUCCAAAGGUAGUUCAUAUCGAAACACUGUCAGUUCCCCUCUGCACAAUUGGCCUAUCAUAUCAGCCUGUCAUUGGCCUUGUCGGCUUAUAACCCACUAAGCACAGUGAACAUGGGGUCGGCGUCCGAAUCAAAAUAAAUCAAAACAAUAAAAGGGUGAGCUUUGCCCCUACUACCCAGGUACACUUUAUAUGUUUAAACUGAUGGGGUGGAAGCCAUAUUGACACUGGCUCUACUUUAACAGAAGUACUAUUUGUUACAAGGCUUCAGUUGUCCUCUAGAACUGUUUUAACCUGCAGCUCUCUUCAAGUCACUAAACAUCUCAUUUUCAAAUAAUUUUUUUGGGCCACAGCGGGUGCAGAUUCUCACCCGGUAGUCCAGACUGGCACCUUUAGGACCAUAUUGGAUGAAAUCCAUCCCUAUACUAUUAAAUGGUGAUAUUCAAAUCAUGGGAAGAGCUAUAGGACUGGGAUAGAAACACAUAACAGGGUCCCACAUCCCCAAGCAGGUUGCCAUUUUACAGCAGACAUUCUGGGUCCCAACGGCCUCAAUAAUAUGUCAAACACAUAUCUGCCAGACCAAAGGCCUGUGUGCAAGGUUUGUGCAAGUGAGGGAGAUGCCUUCUUGGAGUGCAUUCUUUUUCAAUACAGCAACAUUCCCAGUACAUGUGAAUCAACAUUCCCUUUAGUAACACUGCCUCCUAAUGGUUCCAUUUUGCAGUAUUUCUCUGAUUUGGGUAGAAGAUUUUUCCAUUUAGUGGCACUCCUUUGUAAUGGGUAGAACAUCCUUCCAUUUAGUGGCACUUCUUAGUAAUGGGUAGAACAUCCUUCUAUUUAGUGGCACUCCUUAGUAAUGGGUAGAACAUCCUUCCAUUUAGUGGCACUCCUUUGUAAUGGAUCGAACAUCCUUCCAUUUAGUGGCACUCCUUUGUAAUGGAUAGAACAUCCUUCCAUUUAGUGGCACUCCUUUGUAAUGUAUAGAACAUCCUUCCAUUUAGUGGCACUCCUUCGUAAUAAGUAGAACAUCCUUCCAUUUAGUGGCACUCCUUCAUAAUGGGUAGAACAUCCUUCCAUUUAGUGGCACUCCUUUGUAAUGGAUAGAACAUCCUUCCAUUUAGUGGCACUCCUUUGUAAUGGGUAGAACAUCCUUCCAUUUAGUGGCACUCCUUCGUAAUGGGUAGAACAUGGAUUUCUAUUUUCUUAGCUCAGAGACAUGCCUCUGGAUUUAUAGUUCCACAGCUCAGUGAUGUGCCAUUAGAUUCCUAGCCUCUCAAUGAUGUGUCACUGGAUUCCUAGUCCCUCAGUGAUGUCACUGGAUUUCUAGUCAUUUAGUGGCACUCCUUCGUAAUGGGUAGAAAAUCCUUCCAUUUAGUGGCACUCCUUUGUAAUGAGUAGAACAUCCUUCCAUUUAGUGGCACUCCUUCGUAAUGGGUAGAACAUCCUUUCAUUUAGUGGCACUCUUUCAUAAUGGGGAUGAAAUCCUUUAAAUUAGUGGCACUCUGUAAUGGGUAGAACAUCCUUCCAUUUAGUGGCACUCCUUCGUAAUGGGUAGAACAUCCUUCCAUUUAGUGGCACUCCUUAGUAAUGGGUAGAGCAUCCUUCCAUUUAGUGGCACUCCUUCGUAAUGGGAAGGAAAUACUUUAAUUUAGUGGAUCUCAUUGUAAUGGGUAGAACAUCCUUCCAUUUAGUGGCACUCCUUUGCAAUGUGUAGAACAUCCUUCCAUUUAGUGGCACUCCUCAGUAAUGGGUAGAACAUCCUUCCAUUUAGUGGCACUCCUUUGUAAUGGAUAGAAAAUCCUUCCAUUUAGUGGCACUCCUUCAAAAUGGGUAGAAUAUCCUUCCAUUUAGUGGCACUCCUUUAUAAUGGGUAGAGCAUCCUUCCAUUUAGUGGCACUCCUUCGUAAUGGGAAGGAAAUACUUUAAUUUAGUGGAACUCAUCUUAAAGGACCACUCUAGGCACCCAGACCACUUCAACUUAAUGAGGUGGUCUGGGUGCCUGGUCCAGCUAGGGUUAACCCAUUUUUUCAUAAACAUAGCAGUUUCAGAGAAACUGCUAUGUUUAUGAAUGGGUUAAGCCUUCCCCUAUUUCGUCUAGUGGCUGUCUCAUUGACAGCCACUAGAGGCGCUUGUGUG